UACACUGGCUAGCUAUUGUCAUAUCAUGCCCACAACUUCCAUCUCUGUAAAUCAUUCCACUGUGAGGAGUGAGAAAAAGAUGUCAAGACUUGUUGGGUCACUUGUUGGAUUGCUUGUCAUAUUAUCAUGUUGUUUUUGUGAUGUAAAAGCAGCGACUGCGUACUUCGUGUUUGGAGAUUCACUGGUGGAUAAUGGCAACAACAAUUACGUUGCCACUACUGCUAGAGCCGACAGCUAUCCUUACGGAAUAGAUUACCCCACUGGAAGACCCACCGGCCGAUUCUCUAACGGACUCAAUAUAGCGGAUUUUAUAAGUAGGAAGCUGGGGGCAGAAUCUGUGCUACCGUAUUUGAGUCCUGCACUUAACGGAAAUGCAUUGCUCAGGGGUGCUAACUUCGCUUCUGCAGGCGUUGGAAUUCUAAACGACACUGGAGUGCAAUUCGCAAAUAUUAUCAGAAUGCCACAGCAGUUUCAGUAUUUUAUUCAAUAUAAAAACAGGGUCGCGCAGACCCUUGGAGCUGCUGCAGCUGACAGACUUGUUGCACAAGGUCUUAUGUCGAUUACUCUCGGAGGAAAUGAUUACGUCAAUAACUACUACCUUCUCCCUGUCUCAGCGAGAUCUGUUCAGUAUACAUUACCGGCGUACACUCAGUUAAUAGUAUCGGAAUAUAAGAAAUAUCUCAGGCGAAUGUACGACUUGGGAGGCAGAAGAGUGCUAGUAACAUCAACAGGACCAUUGGGUUGUGCUCCUGGAGUAAAGGUCAGCAGGUCUCGCAAUGGCGAAUGCGCUGUAGAACUUCAGCAAGCUGCUUCGCUGUUUAACUCACAGCUUAAAUCUGUUAUAAAUCAACUCAACAGUGAGGUUUCUGUUCAGGUUUUUACCUUUGCUGACAGCUACUCAAUGAACAUGGGCUUGUUCAAUAAUCCUACAGCAUACGGGUUUGUGAAUACGACGGAUGCAUGUUGCGGACAAGGAAGAUACAAUGGAGCCGGCCUUUGCACUGCGGCUUCAAAUCUAUGUAGUAACAGAGACACCUACUUGUUCUGGGACAAUUACCAUCUCUCUCAAAAGGCUAACAGAAUCAUUGUCGAUGAGAUUUUCCAGGGCUCGUCUUCUGUUAUGAGCCCUCUCAACCUCAGCCAGAUGAUGAAACUAGAUAACUAAGAAUUAUCCAUGGACCAAGUUUUCCAUUUAUUUUCUACACUGAUGAAUUGUGCUCAAAAGCAUUUGUUCCCUUAUUUAUAAGUAUCUUUUUCAUAAAUAAAUGUUUUGCCACAAACUAUUAAAUUCAACUAUUGCAGAACUUGGCAAUGCUCUUUUAAUAUAAGUCUUAAUAAAAUGGUAUUCAUAAUUUUGGUU